AUGAACAAGCCGGGUAUACUGCUGGAGGUGGUCCAAAUUCUUACUGACCUUGACCUUAUAAUUACUAAAGCCUACAUCUCCUCAGAUGGAGGGUGGUUUAUGGAUGUAUUUCAUGUCACCGAUCAACAAGGACAGAAGGUAACCGACAGCAGGACAAUUGAUCACAUUGAAAAGGCCUUGGGACCCAAAGGAUCCACAGCCCAUGUCCUCAAGGCCCUGCCAGGAAAACGGGUCGGGGCAAAACCCUCUGGCGACCACCACCAUCACACGGCCAUCGAGCUCAUCGGACGGGACCGGCCGGGCCUCCUCUCGGAAAUCUCGGCCGUGCUUGCCGGCCUUCACAUCAACGUUGUGGCAGCCGAGGUUUGGACUCACAAUCACCGAAUAGCCUGUAUACUCUACGUUGGCGACGAGGACUCCAACCUAGCUGCGGCUGAGGAGCAGCUCCGAAACAUCUUGCGAGGCUCGGAUGAUGACGUCGCGCGAACGAGCCUCUCGGUGGGGUCCAUGCAUGUCGACAGGCGGCUCCACCAGCUUUUCUUUGCUGUUAGGGAUUACGAAGGGGAUGAUGAUGAUGUGGAGAUGGACGCGGAGCAAGAUUGCUUGGUUAAGCCGAAGGUGAGGAUCGAGAGAUGCGCGGAGAAGGAUUACUCGGUGGUGACCGUGAGGUGCAAGGAUCGAUCGAAGCUGAUGUUUGAUAUAGUUUGCACGCUCACGGACAUGCAGUAUGUUGUUUUCCAUGCAACUAUCUCGUCUGAUGGGCCCUACGCCUCACAGGAAUAUUACAUACGUCACAUGGAUGGUUGCACUUUGGAGACAGAAGCAGAGAAAGAGAAGGUCGUCAAGUGUCUUGAGGCAGCAAUUAGACGACGAGUGAGUGAGGGCCUAAGCCUGGAGCUUUGCGCAAAGGACCGUGUGGGACUUCUAUCAGAAGUCACGCGAAUUUUACGAGAAAACGGGCUUUCGGUUACGAGGGCAGACGUGUCGACCGUGGGAGAACAGGCCAUGGACGUGUUUUACGUGAGUGAUGCUUCUGGAAAGCCCGUGGACUCAAAAACCAUCGAGAGACUACGUAAGGAGAUCGGGCAGAGUAUGAGGCUCAAUGUGAAAAAGGCCCCGACCGAUGCGAAAACGCUCGAGACGAGUGGAUGGGCGAAAACGAGCUUCUUCUUCGGAAGCCUACUGGAGAAGUUUCGGGCUUGA